ACACACACAUACACAUACACACACACACAACACAGAGUCGUUUGCAGAGCUAGAGCUGCCGCAAAGCCCCGUCCUCCAGGGCUUUUUAAACACCGCGUUUGCUUCACGCUCCAACAAUAUCAUCCAAUUGAAGAGCCGCAGCGCUAAAUGCACUGAACCGACGGUCACCGUGAGGACAGCGAGCACAAACCGUGAUGGUAUAGGAGAAAGACAACGACGGCAUCGUCAAACUGUAACAAAAAAAGAGAGAGAUACUGGAUUGCGGGUCAACAAAUUUUAACCCUUCGUCUGCCGCUGCAUUGUCGCUCUCGCGGAGGGUAGUUGGAACUCGAAGGCGUCUCGGUGAAAUGUGAGGUCGGUGACCGUUAUUUACCGUUAUUUUCAAUGUGGUUGAGACUGCAGCCGUUGCAGCUAGCUCGGAGCGGCCGCGUUGAUGCAGCAGCGCACGGCUGUGGUGUUCAAAUCCGCCACCGGAUCUGGGAAGACAAUAGAUGAAAUAUACGCCGGCCCGGACUCCCAAAACGACACUGAACGAGAGACUGCACCCGCUUUGGCUUCACUAGUCGUGACUUUCUCCGCAGUGUCCGUGUGAGGAAUCGGGUUAGAGAGUGAAGUGACUGCCGGCAGGUACCUGCUCAGGAUGGCGGCCGUAGUAAACUACUCUCCACCGUGGUGGGUGAAUCUGCUCCACCGGUUGCCUCAUUUCAAUUUGGAAUUCCAGCUAGUGAGCAGUGACUUCAGGCCGGAGGACUCUGAGUACCAGAAGUCUAUCUUGCUGCUCGGGGCCGUGGCUCUGCUGUGUUUGGGUCUCGACCUCCUGUUCCUUCUCUUCUACUCGUUCUGGCUCUGCUGCCGACGACGCAAGAGUGACGAUUCCUCGCACUCCCAUACGCACUCCCAGCAGCCUAGCGCCGACUGCUGCUGCACCGCCUGGUGUGUCAUCAUCGCUACGCUCGUCUGCAGCGCCGGCAUCGCUGUAGGAUUCUACGGAAACGGGGAGUCGAGCGACGGAGCCAAUCGUUUGGCGUACUCGCUCCGUCACGCCAACCGCACCGUGUCCGGGGUGGAGAAACUGGUGUCAGACAGUGCCCUAGCCUUAAACCAGACAGUGGAGGAGAGCCUGGUCCAGUUGGAGACAGCCUACAAGGAGCAGACAGACUACGUGUCCAUCGUCCAAAAGCUGCAGGGACAGCUGGACGAGCUGGUGAAGCUGAUGGUGGACGUUCCCUUCUGGUCCAAUACUGACAUUUCCCUGGAGGACUUGGCCCGCAAGACGGAGGCCUUUGACUUUUACAGGUGGUUGGGGUACCUUGGCCUGCUGCUGUUUGAUGUCCUGAUUUGUCUCCUGGUUCUCUUCGGCCUGAUACGCAACUCUAGAGGCACUCUGAUUGGAGUGUGUCUGAUGGGGGUUCUGACUCUGAUAAUCAGCUGGGGGUCUCUCGGCCUGGAACUGGCUGUCGCUGCUUCGGCGAGCGACUUCUGCGUUUCCCCGGAUACCUACAUCACCAGGGUAACCAAGGAAAACGCUGUCAUCAACCAAGAUAUCCUGCAGUAUUACCUGAGGUGCAACUCUGGCCAAAUUAACCCCUUCCAGCAGAGGCUGUCAGGGAGUCACAAAGCAUUGGUGGAGAUGCAGGAUGAUGUGGCAGAGCUACUGAGAUCAGCAACACGUGAUUAUGCCAACACCAAGGGAAGUCUCGAGCAAAUCCAGUCCGUGCUGAAUUCCACCGAGGUUGGUCUUCAUCAGCUGACUGCUCUGGUCGACUGUCGCAGCCUACACAUGGACUACGUUCAGGCGUUGACGGGACUGUGUUACGACGGCGUGGAGGGUCUCAUCUACCUGGUGCUCUUCUCCUUUGUCACUGCUCUCAUGUUCUCCUCAAUUGUAUGCAGCGUGCCACAUACCUGGCCUGGCAAGAGGACGGAUGAGGAAGACGGAGAGGACGAGUCGGGUGCCUCACGGGGUGGUGUGCACGAUAACCUGUACCGCGUUCACAUGCCCAGUCUCUACAGCUGUGGCUCCAGCUACGGUAGCGAAGCUAGCCUGCCCGCUACAGCCCACACUGUCAGCAAUGCCCCCGUCACUGAAUACAUGAGCCAGAACGCAAACUUUCAGAACCCUCGGUGUGAGAACACCCCCCUGAUUGGCAGGGAGUCCCCUCCACCCUCUUACACCUCCAGUAUGAGAGCGAAGUACCUGGCCACCAACCGACCGGACCAGAACCGACGCUCAGUUCCCAACGACCAGCUGGACCCGGCUAGCCGGCCUCACCCCACUGCCCGACCACAGUCCUCAGUCCAUUAAGAGACCAGAACCGCACCAGUCCGCCCCUGUACUGCCUGAAUCCAGUUCUCACAGCCAACAACAACAACAACACCCAAAUCCAGUGCUCACUAGAGCUUUAAGCACCAACAGGACCCCAGUUUGUCAAGGUCUGCUGAAUUUCAUCAACACCGGUUCACCAGAAACACAACAGAAAGCCAGAACUCAUCAACCAAGCACCUCAACAAAGGACAGCACUUUUACAGUCAACUCCUCCGUCUCAACACACAAAAAAAAAAAAAUUCAAAAAGCCGAAGGCCGUCACACUUGGUCACUAUUUUUCCUCCUCUUCUUCUUCGUGGACACACACCCAGAGCUGCUCAGAUCAGCCCAACACACACACAACAAUGCACAGCAACUAAAGCGCCUUGGCUUGGACUUCAGUUUCUUCUUCUUCUACUCUUUAAAUCUCUCCUCCUCCACUGGGAUCCGUACACCGCCGUCCAGUGGAGGCAGCUACAGCUACGCCCACUCACACCACUCAACCCCCUGACACUUUAACAUUCAGAAUACACACGCAUACACACACACACACACACACACACAUACACACACGCAUACACACACACACACACUGUACAGAGCUGUAAAUAGUAAACGUGUGCUUUACUCUGAGUUCAUGAAAAAUAGACUGUUGAAUCAUUACUGGUAAUGUGGUGUGCUGCGUGUUUAUCAUGGAAACUUUUGCUGUAUCUCUCAUACGUACACACACAAACACACACACACACACACACAAAUAGGCGGAUAGUCUAACCGAACACACAUCUGUAUAGAUAAUAAAGCCAGUGAAUCAGAAAGCCAUGUUUAGAUAGAAACUGUGCCACCACAUCCACAUUCUCUCUUUAGCUUAACAUCGUCGUCUUAACUAAGACUUAUAACUUGAAUCGUGAGCUCGAAAAAAAAGCGCGUCCACGUCUCCUCUACAUGUUCGUUCAUGUGCACACGCGCGUCGAUUAACGCAUUUUUAAUAUGAGCCAGGAAUCCUGUCGUUGGAAUAACUGUUUUGAAUUUCGGGAAUCGGGAGCGAGAGUCAAGGAACAUAAGGAGGCUCAACCUGUGCCAAAAAACUCUGAAUAAUGAGGGAUGCCUGAUUUCUGUCCUCUUCUCCUACUGCCUCCACAUGUCUCAAAAAAAGGGAAAAAAAAAAAAGAAACUCAUGGAAUGUUUUCCCUCCAGCUGUAAAUAAUAAAGAGAACGGGAAAAACACUUGAAAAGGCGAGCGAUGGACAGAAAUGGAAUAAAUUACGACAAAACGUUUCCCAGGUGCUAUGUAAGCCAGUCUAGAAGACGAUCAGGACUAGAGGAUUGAUGGAAACUUUAUUCUUACUUUAAUGUUUUGUUUUCAUUCAGGGAUGUGAUUAGGAAUAUAAAAAGCAGUAAAAAAAAAAAAACAACAAAACAAAAAAAAAAAACAGGAAGUUGUGUCCUGAAACCUGAAAUAUCAUGUCCCUGAUAAAAAAUGUUACAUAAAAGUGUUACUGAAUAAAAGGACAGUGGGUGUUUUUUUUUAUGUUUUACCAUAAGCUGACAUUCGGGAUGUGAUACUGUGACAAACUUGUAGUAUUUUGUUUCUGCUUCUAUACUGUUGUUAACGUUUUUUUUCCUUUCAUUUUGUCAACUGGUGACGUUGGAAUCGACCUUUUAGCCAACCGGUAGCCGGUCCUUUUUUUUUUUUUUUUUUUCUUUUUUAACCCACAAGCACAAAUUCUCUUUGAGGUGACUUUGUAAGAACGAGAAGUAAAAACACACUGCCUGGGACACUGCCAGUGGUUGUUUCUCCUGCUCCAAGACUGUGUACAGUGUAUAAAAACUGUAUUCGUGAACCCGUGUGUGUGUGUGACAUCACUGCAGCGUGAUUGGCUAUCGCUCUAUCUCUCAGUGUUACUGUGUGUAAGUACAGUGAUCGGUGUGUCUGACUGGCAGCAAGUAAGGGCCAGCUUAUCUAGCCUGAGUCAUUUCUACGCAGACGCCUCGCAUGCCCUCAUACACACACACACACACACACACACACACACACACACAUACAUACAUACAUGCUGUACAGACACACACACACAUUCAAUACACACCACAGUUGCUUAUAGAACCCAUCUUACCCUACUUUUGUCCUGUUUACAUUCACAUAUAGAUCUGUAGUAACUGCACGCCCUCCCACAGCUGUGACAUCACACUGAUAACCAUUUGCAUUAUGGGUGAUGUAGUAGGUAGUAACUGCAUUUCUGAGGAAUUUGGGAUCUAGUCAUUAGACGAGCGAGCAGAGCCCUAACAUCCAAACACCUCUCAAACACCGUUCCUGUACAGCAUUUUAAUAUUUUAUUAAUCAAUGACCACUUCUCGUAUUAGCGAGACAAUCUUACAUGUGUGAUUUUAUUAGAAAGAGAUGCCCAUGUUAUGGUAACAAUGCUACCUAUGGUCUUGUACUUUAAAGUGUUUUUUUGCACCAAUGAUGCAAAUGAUGUUAAGAUCUGUGGGUCUAGUCACUGAUUAAUGGCCUUUCAUAAUGUUUUUAAACUCUUACAACACUCUUCAUAUCACGACUUCAUAUGUUUUUUUUUUAAUUUUUUCUCUGUCUUGUAAAAAUCAAACUUUAAAGAUAAAAAUAAUAGCUAGCUGUUUUGUAGGAGAAUAAAGGCAAGAGCAGCGUUUUUCCUCUCUUAUUAAUGGUGAAUGACUCUCUGUCUUGCAAUGUUUUAAUAAAACUAUUCCAGUGUAGUCUGCACACCUGACGUAUAGCUGUAUUUGAAUUCCUGUGUGAUGCUUUUUUCUGGGAUUUAACCAACCUGUAGCGGUAUGACUCGAUGGGAAAAAGAGCUCACGAUUAAGAGUGAGUAACACUCGUAUGUAUGUGUGGUAUUUUAACAGGAUUUCAAAUACAACUCUGUCCAGAUGUGACAGAAAAGCAAUGUUUUCUAUGGCUGUUUUUAUUUUCUGAUGGUUUAACUAAAAUAUUAAUGAUGUACAUGUCAAAACUGUGGUAAUGAUAUAAUUCAGCCUGGAAUAAAUGUUUUAAAAAAAGAAAUUAAAGUAACUUUAACGUA